AUUUCAAAAUUAACAUAAAACAAUAGUUUUUAAAUAUCAUUUAUAAAAUUUACUUCAUCCAUGUGCACUAUUCUGUAUAUAAAUAUUCUGUGCAGUCAUUAAUUAAAAAUAAAUAUUUUAAAUUAUUGUCCAACGAAUUAAUUUAUCAAUAUGGUGAAAAAAGAUUUAGUGCUACAACGCACCAUGAAUAAUUUAAAAUUAUUGCAAAUAUGGUCCGACAGUACAAAUAUUAACUACUUAUAUGCUAAAUAUGCUUUAUUGGUGCCACUUUUAUACGCUGCACCUCUAUUAAUGGUUUACGAUUUCGUCUAUAGAUUUAAAUCCGGAAUUCCUUUUGAUGAAGAAUUACCUCCAGUAUUUUUUUCUAUGAUAAAUGUUACCUGCAUGAUUGUUCAAUUCAUGGCUAAUAUUGAAUCAAUGAACUCUAUACGGCUUGAUUUAUCUAAUAUGGAAUUUACAAUGCCAUCUGAUUUUGCAAAAACCAGGGACACAGCAAAUCGACAUUCAACGUUUUACGGUGUUUCUAUGUAUAUGUUUUGCAUCUCUUAUGCUGCCGCAAAUAUCUUUGGAGAAAAUCCAUGUGGGAAUCAGAUCAAGGGAUCAGACAUAUCUUGCGGCAUUUUUCUCCCCUCAAUUAUGCCAUUUAAUAUAAAUUUUUUUCCCGUUUUUCAGUUAAUAUUUUUGGCUCAAUUUUUAUCGACAGUACAUCUUCUAGUUGGGGGUGCUACCGUAAUGUUUAUGCUGUAUGAAAUAGUUUUGUAUAUUGGAAAUAGAAUGGAGCACUUAUGUAUCAUAUUAGAAACCAUUCCAAAUCAACGCGAUGAAAAAGUACAAAAAGAUACGAUGAAAUUUUGUGUUCAGUACCACAACUUCAUCCUUAGUAUAUCAAAAAAAACCUCCCGAUUAUUUAACAAAAUUUUCUGCUUUCACAUAAUUUUUACUGGUUUAGUUAUUGCUGCGCUCAUAAAUCAAGCUUUAGAGAAUAUUAAUGCGCGGUUUCAUCUCUUCGGUUGGUUAAUUGCACUAUUUUUAAUGUGCCACUCUGGACAACAAAUUACUUAUAUAAGUGAGAAUUUGGGACAAAGGAUUAUGUUCAUGUGUAAGUGGUAUAAGCUGAAUACUUCUCUUCAAAAGGAUUUGCGGUUCAUUUUAUUGUGUAGCCAAGAACCAUUAGUUUUUCCAGCUGGACCAUUCGCAGAUUUGUCAUAUGAUUUAUUCAUAAGGAUUAUUAAAACGGCAUAUUCAUAUACUGCAUUAAUCGCAAAUACCACGGAUGAUACUUAAAAAAUAUUAGAGUAGCUGAUAUACUCAUAUAUUACACUAAAUAAAGUUAUCAACUAUAAUGUAUUAGUUAAUAUACACUCAAAAAAACUUUUGUUCUUUAGCUAGAAACCAUUGUUAACUGAUUAUGUAAUUUUAAUAAAUUUAUUAUGUUGCGUACAUCA